CGACCGUUGGUCUCAGGCGAUAGACCAAUGGAUAACAUCCAUGGGCUGAACCAGGGACGGGCACGGACUCAGUGCGUUGUCCACGACCAGUGGGAAUCUUCUUCCCGCCCCUUGACCACUCUUUCUCAGGCUGCCACGGAGUACGACGGGUGUCCCUCCUUAGCAUCUGCAAUCGCGGGCAAAAGAGGGGUAAGUAAAAUGAGGAUGAACGAGUAAGUCAGGAGGGGAAUUGAGAGUAAAGCAGAAGUAAAGCAACCCAUCGUGAAUAUCUCCGAGGCGGAAGUUGCCGCUGGUUCCACUGUUGAAUGCCUAGACGGACAUGAGACCCCAAUGCAGCAAAAGCUUGACGGUGCAGAUACUAGACGAUGCGAAGUAGACGCCCAAGGGGUUUAGAGCAUCGGAGGUCGGUAAAAGGUGAAGGAGGGUACACCGGGUGCUGGAUGAGGGAUAAUGAUUUUUGCGCCAAUUCCCUUGGAUGGUGCCUUUUCCGU